GCCAGUUCCACAUUCGUCACCCAUCUUCUUCUUCUUCCUCUUCACAAAUUUGAAGCCAACUCAAUCUCUCUCACAGAGAAUUUCCAGUUGAUAAUUAUCUCGUUUUCCAUUUCUUCUUUCUUUGAAACCCCCAGAACAAAGCCCCCACCACCCUCCUCAGAUCUGCAUGAACUGCAUGGUCGGCUCAGAUUAAACCUUGACCGUCCGUUCAGCACCACAGAAUCCCCAGAGUUUUCUGUUCAGGAAAUCUUCUCCUGAAGUUUCGGUGUGGGGAUAUCGGAGCCGUUUGAGGGUGAAAGUGGGGUGGUGACCCGAUUCGAUAGAGCCCUUUACUGCUUCCUUUGAGGGGGUAGCCGGGGCUCCGGCCUCGGCGGGUUCUAAAGCCCCCAUUCUCUACAAACUCACACAAAUCAAACCCUAACCGUUUUUUGUUUUUUCCUUCCUUUCCCUAUUUUAUUUUUUCUUCUCUUCUUUCAUUCUUUUUAUUUAGAUCGUCGCGGAAGAGAUGCCUGCCUUGGCUUGUUGCGUGGACGCUGCCGUGGCUCCUCCCACCUACGCUUUCGCCGGGGAUAGCACUCUUACCGCGCCGGUCCCAUUUUCCGGCGUAUUUCCGGCAACCACCACCACCGCCGCCGCCGCCUGGUCCACCUCUCUAUCCAACGACCUCUACCGCAUCGAUGCCUGGGGUGGCCCCUACUUCACGGUCAACUCCUCCGGCAACGUGUCCGUCCGGCCGUACGGCUCCGGCACCAUGCCUCACCAGGAGAUUGACUUGCUCAAGAUUGUGAAGAAGGUUUCGGAUCCGAAAUCCGAAUCCGGGCUCGGGUUGCAGCUCCCUCUCAUUGUUCGAUUCCCCGACGUGCUGAAAAACCGGCUCGAAUCUCUCCAGGGAGCUUUCGAUUUCGCGAUCCAGUCGCAGGACUACGGGUCCCACUACCAGGGAGUCUACCCGGUGAAAUGCAACCAGGACCGGUUCGUCGUGGAGGACAUUGUCCGGUUCGGGAAGCCCUUCCGGUUCGGGCUCGAAGCCGGGUCGAAGCCGGAGCUCCUCCUAGCCAUGAGCUGCUUGUGCAAAGGCAACGCCGAGGCGCUACUUGUGUGCAAUGGAUUCAAAGACUUUGAGUACAUCUCGCUUGCUCUGAUGGCGAGGAAGCUGGAACUGAACUCGGUGAUUGUUCUGGAGCAGGAGGAAGAGCUGGAUUUGGUGAUUGAGUUGAGCAAGAAGCUCGGGGUUCGUCCAGUUGUCGGCGUCCGCGCCAAGCUCAGAACCAAGCAUUCCGGCCAUUUCGGGUCGACUUCCGGCGAGAAAGGGAAGUUCGGGUUAACCACCGUUCAGAUUCUGCGGGUGGUGAAGAAGCUCGAGGGAGUAGGCAUGCUUGAUUGCUUUCAGUUCCUGCAUUUCCAUAUCGGGUCUCAAAUUCCGACGACUGCUCUGCUCGCUGAUGGUGUGUCCGAGGCGGCGCAGAUCUAUUGUGAGUUGGUGAGGCUCGGUGCGGAGAUGAAGGUUAUAGACAUUGGAGGUGGUUUGGGGAUUGAUUAUGAUGGGACGAAGUCGAGCGACUCGGAGAUUUCGGUUAGCUAUGGGCUUGAGGAGUAUGCAAUGGCUGUUGUUGGAGCGAUUAGGUAUGUUUGUGACCGGAGGUCAGUGAAGCACCCUGUGAUUUGCAGCGAGAGUGGGAGAGCCAUUGUGUCUCAUCACUCUGUUUUGAUAUUCGAGGCUGUGUCUGCUACUAGUGCUUGUGAUGUUGCUCCUUCCAUGUCUGCCUUUGCGCUUCAGUAUUUCAUUGAGGGGCUUACGGAGGAAGCUCGUGCCGAUUACCGGAACCUUUCGGCUGCGGCGAUCCGGGGCGAGCAUGAGGCUUGUUUGAUGUAUGCGGAUCAGCUGAAGCAACGGUGUGUUGAACAAUUCAAGGAUGGGUGUCUGGGUAUGGAGCAGUUGGCCACUGUUGAUGGGUUAUUUGACUUGGUCUCGAAAGCAAUUGGAGCAUCUGAUCCGGUUCGGACGUACAAUGUGAAUCUCUCUGUUUUCACUUCAAUUCCCGAUUUCUGGGGCAUUGGGCAGCUUUUCCCUAUUGUCCCAAUUCACCGGCUUGAUCAAAGGCCGGCGGUGAGGGGUGUGUUGUCGGACUUGACCUGUGAUAGUGACGGGAAGAUCAAUAAGUUCAUUGGCGGUGAGUCUAGCUUGCCCCUUCAUGAAUUGGAAGGGAAUGGUUCUGGUGGGCGGUACUAUUUGGGGAUGUUCUUGGGCGGGGCUUAUGAGGAGGCACUUGGAGGCGUCCACAACCUGUUUGGAGGUCCGAGCGUUGUUCGGGUCUCUCAGAGCGAUGGUCCUUACAGCUUUGCGGUUACGAGGGCUGUGCCUGGGCCGUCUUGUGCGGAUGUCCUUCGUGUGAUGCAGCACGAGCCCGAGCUCAUGUUCGAGACGCUGAAGCACCGUGCCGAGGAGUGCGGUGAGGUAGAUGAAGAUGGAAUGGCGAAUUCGGCUUUGGCCACCAGCCUGGCACACUCGUUCCACAACAUGCCGUAUCUGGCUGCACCUUCGUCUUGUUGCCUGACUGCAAUGAACAACCAUGGUUUGUACUAUUGCAGUGAGGAUGAUUAUGACAUUGUUGCUGAUUCCGGUGCUGCGAAUGCUGGUGAGGAGCAGUGGUCAUAUUGCUGCGCUUGAGGAGUCGAUCAGUCAGUCUUAGCAUUCCCUUAUGAGUAUUGUUGUUGGUGGUUUGUUCUGCUGGGAACGUCUACUUUAAUUUAAAUUUCAAUUUCUCUCUUUUUUGCUGUUUAAAUUUCAUGAAAUGCAAAAGGAUGUUAGAAAAUCAGGUCAGAGUGAGAGUCCUUUGCAGUUUGAGGAAAAGAGGGAAUAGGAGCCGAAUCCACCCUUUUGUAAAAUUCGGGGCCUUAUUCCCUCUUCCUAUGUUACUUUUAAUUUAUCAAGAUGUAGCUUUAACCUAAUUUGUGUGUUGCUUAUCUUCUUCUUC